ACUGAGAGCUGGAAGUCAUGUGACUUUGUGUGCGCGCGCGUGUGUCAGUCAGUGUGAUGGCGGCGCGCGGUGUGUUACUGCUCGUGCUGCUGAGUGGUGCAGCGGUGAGUGUGUGGAGUUUCCCCCCGCACAGGGAGCCGGUUUGCGGGUACAAGUCAUGUCCAGCUACAAAGCCGUCCAUGCUGAAUGUGCAUUUGGUUCCUCACACACAUGAUGAUGUGGGCUGGUUAAAGACUGUGGAUCAGUACUACUAUGGAGGACGUGAUGAGAUCCAGCACGCCGUUCAGUACAUCCUGGACUCUGUGGUGGCGGAGCUGCAGAAGGAUCCAGCGCGCAGGUUCAUCUACGUGGAGACGGCGUUUUUCUACCGCUGGUGGAAACAUCAGACCCAGAACACGCAAAACAUCGUCACCCAGCUGGUGGAGCAGGGACGGUUGGAGUUUGUGAAUGGAGGUUGGUGUAUGAGUGAUGAAGCCAGUACACACUACAGUGCAGUAAUUGACCAGAUGACUCUCGGCCUGCGUUUUCUAAACCAGACGUUUGGAGACUGCGCUCGUCCUCGAGUGGCCUGGCACAUCGACCCAUUCGGUCACGCCAGAGAACACGCCUCCAUGUUCGCCCAGAUGGGGUAUGAUGGCUUGUUCUUCGGCCGUCUCGAUUAUCAGGAUAAAGCUCGCAGGAUAAAGAUGAGGGAAAUGGAGAUGGUGUGGCGGGCGAGUGAGAGUCUAGAACCUCCGACUGCUGACCUCUUUACUGGUGUUCUUCCAAAUGGUUAUAACCCUCCUUCAGGGUUCUGUUGGGAUCAGUCAUGCACUGACGCACCAGUGCAGGAUGACCCAACCCUCGAGGACUACAACGUGGACCAACUGGUGGACACCUUUAUCAACAUCUCGUACACACAGGCUACGAUGUACAAGACGAAUCACAUCAUCAUGACGAUGGGAUCAGAUUUUCAGUAUGAGAACGCGAUCCCGUGGUAUAAGAACAUGGACAAGUUGAUUCACUACGUUAACGCCAGACAGGCGAAAGGGAGCCGAGUCCACGUCCUUUACUCCACCCCUUCCUGUUACCUCCAGGAACUCAACCUAGCUAACACCACCUGGCCGCUAAAGACGGGAUUUUUUCCGUACGCUGAUGAUGCUCAUGAUUUCUGGACCGGUUACUUCACCAGCCGCCCCGCACUCAAACGCUACGAGAGACUUAGCAACAGCCUCCUGCAGACGUGUAAUCAGUUGGAGGUUCUCGCAGGCCCGAAGUCCACCAACGGCCCGUUUGGAGAGGGAACCAGCGACACACUCAAGCGUGCGAUGGCUGUAGCGCAGCACCACGACGCGGUUUCUGGAACUGAAAAGCAGCACGUUGCCAACGAUUACGCCAAGAGACUCGCCACCGGCUCAGCUCACUGCCAGGUUUUAGUCAGUAACGCUCUGGCGUUUCUCAGCGGCUCUGAUGUCCCACGUGUCUUCUGCGAGAACCUCAACAUUAGUGUGUGUCCUCUCAGUGAAGGCAACAAACAGUUCCUGUUGAAUGUGUAUAACCCUCUGGCUCGUGCUGUGAUCUGGUCGCUUCACCUGCCUGUCAACGGAACACUGUACAACGUCACAAACUCAGACGGAACACCUGUGGACAAUCAGGUGAUCCCCGUAUCCAAGGCGACUCAGGAUCUGAGGCGAGAUCGCAGUUCUGCUCAGUUUGAAUUGGUCUUCCAGGUUCAAGCUCCUCCGAUGGGCUUCAACACCUACAGCAUCACCCUGCUGCAGAAAAGCCCUGCCCCACCCCCACCCCAGCCUGGAGCCCCGCCCUCUAUCCAGAAUAAGUACCUGAAGGUGACCUUUGACACGCAAACGGGACUGCUGAGUGGACUGAUCAACCUGGAAACAAAGCAGGCCAUCAAACUAACACAGAACUUUUACUGGUACAAUGCGAGUGUUGGUAACUGGGACAGCCUUCAGACCUCCGGAGCUUACAUUUUCAGACCAAACUCAUCCACACCUUUAACGAUUAACACAAAGCCUGAGGUCAACACAGUUCAGAACUCUGUGGUCCAAGAGGUGAGACAGCAGUUCAGUCCAUGGAUGUCUCAGGUCGUGCGUCUCUACACCGAGAGCAAACAUCUGGAGCUCGAGUGGACUGCAGGACCAAUACCGGUCAAUGAUGGUUUCGGGAAGGAGGUGAUUACUCGUCUGGACUCGAGCAUCGAGUCAGAGGGAUAUUUCUACACUGAUUCUAACGGCAGAGAGAUCCUACAGAGACGGAAAGACUAUCGGCCCACAUGGGACCUGAAACAGACGGAGCCGAUUGCAGGCAAUUAUUAUCCAAUCAACACUCGCGCCUUCAUCAGGGAUGAGCAGAACCAGAUGACGGUGGUGACUGAUCGCUCUCAGGGCAUCAGCAGUAUCUAUAACGGUUCUCUGGAGAUCAUGGUCCACAGGCGGUUGCUGCGUGAUGAUUAUCGAGGCGUGGGUGAGCCUCUUUCUGAGCCGGGAGAUUAUGAUGAUGGUCUGGCUGUACGUGGACGUUUCCUGUUGGCUCUGACUCCGCCCAGCACCGCAGCCGACACCCACCGCCCACUCGGCCAGGAGAUGGUGUUCCAGCCCACGCUUUCCUUCCAGCAGGGGGCGACACACAGCACCACCCUACAGUUCUCAGGGUUGAGCUCAGCACUGCCCCCUGCUGUUCAUGUUCUCACUUUGUCUCAGUGGGAUCAGGACUCUGUGCUGCUUAGGUUGGAGCAUCAGUAUGAGCGCUCAGAGAGCCACGCCUACUCUCCCCCCAUCACUGUCAGUCUACAGAAAAUGUUUUCCACUCUGGACAUUGUGGGUGUGUCUGAGAUGAGUCUGGGAGCCAAUCAGUGGAAAGAGGACAUGAAGCGCAUGCAGUUUAAAGCCAACAGUGAGCAUGUGGAGCCCCUGCGGGAGCGCGGGAGAGACCCCUCACCCUGGGAGAUCACACUGAAGCCCAUGGAGAUUCGCACUUUCCUGCUGAGAUUGCGACGCGAAUAAACAACCAAUCACAGAGCUCCGUCACUGCAGCAGCAGCCAGUGAGUUCACAACAGCAGCCAAUCAGAGACGAUGCAAAAACAGAGACACAAAUAAUGAACACUGAGAAUGUAAUCAGAAUUACUGUCACAUGUCUCGAGGACUUUUAGAUUCUGUCUAUUACCAACAAGUAGUGGGUGUGGCCUGGUCCUUUAGCCACGCCCACUCAAUCAGGACCUUUAAUUCAAAUCAUUUACAUUUUAUUAUUGGAUUUUGAUACUGUUUUUGUAGAACUGAUCAUGUAUGGAUUUUAGCACAAAGUGAGCUCUGUACCAGGACACACUUCUCUAAUUCAAUCCUCUGUCUCUCGUUAACACAUGCACCUGUGUAUUACCCACAAUGCACUGCUCCUGUUCACACUCAGAUCUUCUACAGGAACUAGGAAACUCAACCCAGCCUGCAGCAGUGCAUUGUGGGUAAAUGUGUGUUUUAAACAGUAGUGAGCAGCUGCUGCGUGUAAACACUGGACUCAUGAGUGCAGGUGCAAUAUAUUUUACAAUGUUUAUUUUUCUACUUUUCUUAAAUUCUGUUCCAAUAAAUUCACUAUUUAGUUA